UAAAGGCUGGGAAUACUACUUCCCCACCUUGCCACACGUCUAUCGACUAUUUGUGCCUUUUAAGGCUAUCAGCAUGGAUAUGACUGCAUCAGACCAGUCGGUUCUCAUUGGUAGACAUCUCCAUCAGCUAUGCAUUGGGUAGGAUUUGGCCCCCAGGCAGACCCAGGUAAUAAAGUGAGUGCAUGGUGUGAUUGCCGAACAGCAGGCAAUUCUAUGUACGAGGCCUACAGCAGCCUUCUCUACCUGUUUCACCGCCACACGACCUUGUCAGUCUGACGUCUCGAAUUGACGUACUGUUAUGCCUCUAAAAUGCGUGCUGGGCUAGGAGAACGAGGUAUCUUGUCGUUAUCCCGUCUGUCACCCCAUUCCGUAUCCUCAUCGUACUCGUUACUCUGCAUGCAUGCGUUAGCCCACGAAGGUUAAUAUGGACUAUGCUGCCUCCACGUUUAGCCGUAUCCAGGGUUCUGGGACGGCGAGUUCGAACGGGGCAUUUGGCAAGGCAAUCGAUGAGUUCCUAGGCGAGUUGAAGGAAAAGCACAAAGACGACGCAAAGAAUCCAUUUCUUCAGGCGUUAAUAGGUCAUGAUGAAACGAAACGAGCGGAAGAUGGGGUGUCUCAAAGCGAAGUCUCGGCACAGGAGCUGCAAAGCUCCAUCUUACAGCUGGAUGCUAAGAAGCGCACGGGGAAGGGCUAUCGGCUGCUUCAUCGGCUGAAUCCAUUCUUGGAUGUCCUUAAGACGCUACUCAAGAAAUCUGAAGCGUUCUCUCAAGUUGCGCCCUUUGGCGUUGCGAUAGCCUUUAUUGGGGCCCGCAUCGUGUUGGAGAUGGCCCUUGCUGUAGAAGAAUAUCUCGAGGUUGUCGUCACUGCCAUGGAGCGAAUUGCGGGGAUACUAGAGGUCUACAAAAGGCUAUCAUCCUCCCCUGACCUUGGUCCGCGACUAGUUAAUUCUUAUAAGGCUAUCAUUACGUUCUGGUACAAGCUGUCCAAAGUAUUGUCGUCUUCAAAGAUUAAAGGGAUACUUCCUAGGACCAUGCUCACUUCUCUGCAAAAGGAAACUGAAGAUGCACUCAAAAAUCUCCAAGAAGACAUGCAAGUCAAUUUAGGAAUUUCCCAAGCAGCAGGUUUACUCAUGGCUGAUAUCGAUCGCCAAGUGAGAGUUGAUGCAGACCAAAGAGCUCUCAAAAACGACAUCAGGCGGUGGAUAAUGGGUCAAAAUAAUGUCGAUUUCAAAGGCGACUACGAGACUCAGCUCGAGAUGCGAUACAAAGAUACAUGCGCUUGGGUUCUCGAAGAUCAGCGGUUUUUAGAUUGGCAGGACUCCCGGGAUAAUGCCCUGCUCUGGUACAAUGCGCCACCUGGGUCAGGAAAAAGCGUGCUCGCAGCUACGGUGAUAAACGAUUUGACGAAAUAUAACAAGAAGGUGGCUUACUUCUUCUAUUCCUUUAGCAAGAAUUCUAGUCGUCAUGUUGCAGACGGCCUUCGAAUACUGGCUUUGCAGCUACUUGCAUUUGUCGGAACACCAUCCGACAAGUUGGUGGACUUAUACGAGACAGAAACGCAGUUUGCUCCGUAUCUGAACAAUCUUCGCACUACAGUUAGUGUAGUGCAUGAGCUCAUCACUCGUAACGACAACCUAUACAUCGUUUUAGAUGGCAUAGAUGAGUGUGGAGAUGAAAAAGAGAUGCUUCCCCUACUUGAAAGAUUGAUCGAGCAACCUACUCUCGGUACGGUGAGGUGGUUGUUUACAAGUCGAGUCUCAGAGGUUGAGAAGGCGAUGAAACGGCUUCAAGCGGUGGAAAUUCAUCCCAGCCCGGACAACAUACGAGAAGAUAUUAAGAACUAUCUCGCACCAAAGAUCAGUUGCGAAGAAUGUCUUCAUGACUGGGUUGAUGAAUGUGACAACAACUUUCUCAUCGCGAGAUUUGUUUCGGAAACGCUCGGGAAGCUCACGAGCGAGGCGGAUAUCAAAGCGGAGUUGAAGAUAUUCCCUAAAAAGCUUAACGGUUACUAUAUGCGGACUCUAACAAAAAUCGAUGCUCGGGGUCAAAUGGAACAACUAGUCGCAAGGCGUAUCUUUCUCAUAUUGGGCUCCGCACAACAGACGAUUUCUAUUGACGAGUUAGUCGAUGCGCUUGCUAUUCAGCGCGGAAGUCAAGAUUACAGCACUUUGCGAUUGCCGAAAGAAGAACUCAUACAUGAUCUCUGCGGAUCACUUAUUGUCAUCGAACAGUGCACCACGGGGACGCCAGGUCAUAGCCCGCUCGUCAGAUUCUGCCAUAAAAGUGUCAAGGAUUUCUUCCAACAGGACCCGAAAACCUGCGAUUUUGGCGUUGACGAAUCGCUUCAUAAAUACUUUGUCGCGCCAACUGAUGCCGACGAAGAGAUUGGCCUGGACUGCCUGACAUACCUUAUGUAUGGCAGGUACACUAAGCAUAUUGAUCUAGGAUUCCUAGACAGCACGAUUCCAAAAGAACAUGCUUUCCUGCGGUAUGCCGCUACGUUCUGGUUUCAGCAUCUCGGAGAUGAUUCUAUCGAGAAGCCGUCUUCUGCCGCUGCACAGGCCGUCCGAGAAUUCCUCAGCAGUAAAAACUUCUGGAACUGCUUGCGUGUCCAAAGCCAUAUCGCGCCUUAUUUGUUUGGACGGUAUACGGGCUACAGGCCAGGGGGGUAUAAGAUGGCCAUUCGAGGCAAAGAGUGGAAGGGAAACGAUAGCUUUGCGAUACCGCUGCCAACUUGGCUGAGCGACAACUCGUCUGAUGAUCUUAUGAGGGACCAGUCACUCUGUCACUUUGUUGAAGAAUGGCGUGAAGUGAUUAUUACACAACCUCAAGGACUAGACCAGUGCGUGUCUAUGAAGGCUUUCCCAAACUCUUGCUGGCUCAAGUCUCUGUGCAAGACUAGCACAGUGAAAGGAGUUAAUCUGGCCGAGACAUUUGGCAGCGAUGUCAUAUCUACCUCCCAACUGCUUGGGGUGGGUUUCAGCGGAAAGAAACUGUGUGUUGAUAUGGCAUACCAAACGAAGGAUGGCCCAACAGAUGUGCUCUACCGUCUCAAGCAACAAUUAUUUAAGGCGAACAGUCGACCCCAACGAUCGCAACAGAAAAUCCCCUUGGGUUCUGGCAUCUCGAAAUGGGCGAUUACUGCUGUAGAUGAAGAGGGCGUCUCAAAACAGCUUACUGCUUGGAGUGUCGAUCCUUCAUCCUUGAAUGUAAGAAUGAUGCGUGGCGAACAUAGUGAACCGUUUGACGCGCCGUCUCUGUCAAUCAAGGGAAGGCGGACAUCUCCCAAUAUAAGCUGGGAAAUGUUGGGAACUUACAAGCACGAUUAUCAUGAGACGGGGGCUGACGUUGAUAAAUCCAUAUAUGUGUUUCAUAUGUCCCAACAGGCUAUUAGGGCGGAACCAAUUGAUGAUGAUGAUGAUGCUGAAGAUAGUGAUGAUUCUGAUAACGAUGCUGAGGCGACAUCAGAUGAAGAAGAAUCUGACGACGAAGACGAAUUCUCUGAUGAUGACGAUUCAUCGUCGGAUCGAUCUAGCGACGAGUCUGCCGCCGAAGAGACCUCGACGGAUGAGUCGGAUGCAGAAAGCGAUUGCUGUCAUCAUGAGGAUACGGACUGCUUGAUCAUUAUAUCUCCGGGCCGUUCUCCGUUCUGGACGAAACCAUGGACACACCCGGCACUGUUGUGGUCGAGAAACAUGUGUGCGAUGCAUCCGACUGAACCUCUAGUAGCAUUCAUGACCGCGCCAACCCAGAUCGGCGUUGUACAGGGCGAGACGCAAAGGUCAAUCGAAAUCUCCGGUCUGGAGGACGAACCAGAAGAUGUGUUGGCUAGCGCAAGAGAGCUCCGAUUCUCCCGUUGUGGGAAGUAUCUCUAUUACGCCUCAGUUGUCUUCGUCGAAAGGGACCAUUUCACCGAGUGCACAGUGACAGCUUCUUGUCUCGAAUUCUCCCUCGAUCAAGAGGAUGAUGCUGCCAAAACCAUCACAGCAUCUCAAAUAGCUCGCGUUGUCUAUGCCUUCGCAGAGCCCCUGGAGGCUAUAGAACCUCCGUUUGCCCUGACGUACUGGAGCGACGACUAUGUAAUCAUCGCGUUGCCGCAUCUCACCUGCAAUCCCAAGAUCCUUAAGAUCGCUCUAAAUAGCGACGUCUCUCACCCCGUCUCGACACUGUGUAACCCAAUCUAUUUCCCUGCGUCCACACCUCGUCGCGACGCGCGUCUCGUACAUAGACCGAGUAGUAGAGACUCGGAAGGAUACAUCUUCCUCGUUCUUAACGCCGUGCCAGUGGCAGCAGUAGCUAAGGAUGGUGCGGUGUCUGAUACAAGCUCGCCUGUGACGGCGCUUCGGUGGUCCGUUUCGGACGACGAGGGAUGGCGGCCUUGGAGCGAGGAUGAGGAUGCCACUUUGUCGGAUCUGACGAGGGGGUAUUCGCCUCUCUGGAACUUCAUGAGAGGUAGUUUUGUGGAGAGUGGGAAGCCGUUUAGUGUGCCUGUCAGGUCGGGAUUGAAUUGGACGAGAAAGUCGUAUUUGAGCUGCGUUUAGCACCUACCUACCAACUUCAAAUCUAUGGAUGUACUACAGGACUUUUUGAUUGCAGAUAUAGUUCCUUUUGUUGUCGUGUGAUUGAUUGACGUGCUAUGCUUCUCAAAGGCUUCAUGGU